AAAUAACAAUGUAAUCCAUGAUAUUCAUCAUCGAUCAUCUACACACAUUUACAUAUCAACCACACAGCCUACACAUACAACACUUGCAAUUCAAGCAGCAUAUGCAAUAUAUCUGAUUUCCGAUCUACCCUUCACUUCCCUGUCUCCUCUAGUGGACACAUCCCGAGAUCAAGACAAGCCUCCGAGAGCGUACGAUAUAUCUUUGGUCUUCGAAACGAGAAGAACGGAACUACGCUACACAGCAUCAACAACACUGUCGUCGAUAGCCCCAGGCCCCGUUGGGAUGAGAUCCGGUGCGGAAAUAGGUAUUUUACCUGGACAGGAAACUGCACCGGGUCCGAGUAGAAAUGAGGAAUCGGGAGGUAGCAAGGUACUGAGAUCGGAUGGCAGUGAAGGAUCGGAAGAUCAAGCCGCGCACGCGAGCGGACAGACGACCGAGGAUGACCCUGUCUAUCGAUGGACGUUCGAAUUUCAGGUACCGCACGCAAAUGAGAAAUCGGACGAUAUCAGGGAAAUGAGCGUGGUCACAGACGCUUAUCCUCUUCUCAAGCAGAGAUGGCCCACAAUCGCUCUUGCGUCUCAGCCCCAACAAUCGUCCGAACAAUUGUCUGUCAUGGCAGAGCCUCAGACCGGCGAGGUUUUGACGAUGCCGACCGGUGAACCGAUGAUGCCACCUUUACAGCCGAGGGCUAUCAGAACGACACCUACCAAAGCGAAUCACAUGCUCAAUUAUCGUGCAAACUCUCUUACGGCAGACGAGAUCGGAGCCAGGUACCGGGAGAUCUGUCCUGCCAAAUUCGAUCCUCGCUUCCUCACUCUGCAGGCAGAUCAUACGCCUCAAGCUGAAGCUCGCAUCGAAAAGGCCGUGGCGCAGCUACAGGCUCUGCUGUGGACUCUUGAUACAUCGCUCGGGACUACAUCCAACAGGAAGAAGUUAGGGGAACACCAACACACUUAUUCGAGGUUGGAGCCUAAUUUCCGGCGUCUUACCGAUAUCCUUUGGGGUUCGCACGGUGGAUCACAAUUCCAUUACACCGGCCACCGUAAACUGAAGCGGAACCCCGAUCUACAGUUUGAAGAUGGCCAUGGAGGAGAUUGGUCUCGGGACGGAAAUGAUUGUUGCCCGGACCUUGUCACUACACUGCCAACAGCGGUGAUGACUUCCUUGCAAGUCUUCCGAGCACAAGCUGGAGAUGCUCUGAGUUGGAAGCCGGUCAGUACGCCAAUCGAGGUCCGUACCGUAGAUGCGAUGGAUAUGAGAUCUGGAUCGUUAAGAGAGCAGGACAACCAAGUGCCGCGUUUGCUCAAGUACAUGGACUUGACCGUUCGCAAUCAUCCUGCCAUUAACCGUGUAUUCGGACUGACGAUCUCCGGGAUCUACCUUCGUCUCUGGACAGCGGACGCGGCGAGCUUCUCUUCGUCCCGGCUUUACCGUCUCGACAACCCCAAACAUGCCCGUCAGAUCGUAGAGAUCAUUGCCUUCAUCACUCAGCCUCACAGCCCUCAUUUCCAGGCCUGGACGCCUACAUCUCCUUUGACCAUCCGAGCUCAAAUUCCCGGAUCGAGUUACCAAGAAUUUCAGACCUCGCAGCUACGAAUCAGCCCCUCUUUCAAAAUGUUGGAAGUUCGACCAUGGCUGUUUGGUUCGCGUACCAUCGUCUGGGCGACCACGCCGAUAUCUGGAUUGGAGGGGUCUAUAGACGAGGACAGUGCUCAUCGUCAGGAGGUGUGCAAGCCAAACAGCUCGAAGCAGGUGGAUGCUCAGCCGAACAGGGAUGGCGAAUCCUCCAGCAGAGUGCCUGAACGCGAAGGUGAAGGUACGCUUACGAGGGAUAAGAAAGGCAAGCGCAAAGCGACAGAAGCGGAUCUGUCGUCUGACACGGAUGAGGAGUUGGAUCGUCCUGCCGCCUCUCGCAAUCGCCGGGGAGGUCCCCUUCCUGUCUCGCACCCGGCCCAAGUCAGGGAAGGGGAUCGGGUCGUUCUGAAAGCUACAUGGCAGUAUAAGGAACUCAAGCGCCACGAAGAACGCGUCCUUCGACGUCUUCACGGUGAUGAGCGCCCGGGGCGAGAAGAUUUGGGCGGUCUGCAUGUUGAGGAUCAUAUCGACAGCAAUGUUCUCCGACAUUUGCCCCGUGCGCUGGGUUUGGUCGACGAGGACCGCUUUGCCGACUGGAUCACGCACGAGAACACUCUCCAUAGCCUAUCACCAGACCCGGACCACGCAGAGAAGACGAGAUUGCACUUUUCAGUGCUGGCCGUCGCUUGUCCGCUCGGACAGCGCUUGCCCGCAGCGGCCAAAGAUUCUUCAAUUGGGCUGCGCCAGUACGCGCAGAUACUGCUGGGCGGCAUCCAGUCGGACUGGUUCUCGGCGAGCAAAGGGAUCCAUUACCGCGACAACAACCCUGGCAAUCUCAUGUGGAAACAGUUGGCGACGGUAUCGGAUGGACGCUCCGUUCCCGAUGUCGUUGGCUUUCUUGUCGACUUCGGAAACGCAAGGAUCUUAGAACAGGCUCGUUUAACAUUCGAUUGGAUGAGGAACACGGCACUCGCUUUAUCCCUCUGCGCCGAUGACGGAAGGUCUGCCAACCCAUUGUUCCAAUCCAUUUCGUCCAUGAAAGCCGAAAAAAUCCGGCGUGAUUGCGAGGAAGCUAUAGCCGAACGAUCAAGGGCUGGGACUACUGAUAAUGAUGACGUCGAGGCUCGUGAACAGUCUGCUUGGGCAUCAGAUUUGGCGGAUUGGGAAACACAAGCUUUGCAGUUAAAGCAUCGAUAUCUAGACGACGUGGAGUCGUUACUCUAUCUCGUUUCUUAUGACAUUUGGGCUGUUCAUAUCCCAAACAAUGGCCAAUCCCAUACUCGGCUAGAUCAGUUAGCGUACAAGCAGGCCGCAUGGGCGAAACAACUGUUGCCACUUUGCAGGGGCAUCGUGUCGAGGGAGUGGACGGUCAUGAUCAAGGAUCUCGUUGUCCUAAUCGACCAAGCUCGCUUCAACUUGAGACAGCAACAAAUGCUUCCAUCUCACAUGCAUCCGAUUGAAAAUCAGUGUUUCUACGACCUGUGCGAACGUGUGAAACAAUCGAUUCCGCAACUCCCUGAUGGAGUCAACUGA